CAAAAUGGCAAAAAUGAUCGGUGCUAAGAAAUCAUUGUGGCAACUAGUCUGUGGUAAGGUAUGCUUCGCUUGAGAGUUAAUUGAAAAUACCGGUAUGCAUGUUAUCGACUAAAAUAGGCACGAAUAUUUCGUUUUCAUUGUUCUGUGCAACCAGAAUAUGAGUCGGAGCAGCCCAGUCCACCAAGCGCUGCUUGGACAGACAGUGGUUCAAAAUGAGCACUCAUGUCUCCAAGUACAGCGCCAGCAAGCACACUCCUGUCUUCUAUGGUCUCCUGGCAGCUAAGGUUGCUGUGGAUGAUGACCCUGUGAAACAUUUUGACCCUCUUCUGAGCCACCCUGCCCUUGCUGGAUACUCUGCCUUGGACAAACCUCCAUCCUCCUGUCGCAGACAGCCUCUGACCACACACCCUGCAUCCACUUCCCAGCUCCAUCAACGCCCAAUCACCCAGUUCCUGGAGGGGUCCGUGUUCCCAGUGCUACUGCCUGGACUGGAGGCCAUGCUGAGAGAGGCCCAGAGACAACACUGCCUGGAGAGGAAAAGAACAGCAUUCAACGCUUGUGACUUCCUAACUGAGUGGCUGUAUAAUCGGAACCCCCGCCGGCAGGGACAGGCCCCUGUGGACUUCCAUGAGAUCCCAUUCGUCAAGGACUGGCUCAGGAUACAGCCUCCCAUCCCUCUCUCCCUACUGCUGUCAGACCAGCAGGCUGCUGUUCUCCUCCAGUCCUUCUGGCGGGGCUAUAAGGUGCGGGCCCGUGCAGAUGUGCAGGAGCUGCGCCAGUGGCAGAGGGAGCUUAGAGAGGAUAACCGUGACAUCGCCAAAACGAUCCAAGAAUUCUGGGCUCACCAUGAGAGCCGGGUGAGCUCGGCCCUCAAUGACCUCAGGGGGGACUCCACCAUCCCUCAGACCCCUCAGCCCAGCGGUGGGUACUCCAACUCGGGCGUGUCCAUCCAGGUGGUCUCCCCCACCCCCCCAGAGCACCGUGGUCCACACCCCCACAUUCCAGAUGAGUCCUGAGAGCACCGAGUAACUGACCUCCAGCCUGCAGGGAGUAGAGGAGCUGACCAGGGAGGAGAGGACACUAACUGACUCACUGACCCUGCCCGAGGCUGCUUCUGCUGCGCUCACUGCAUUAGCCCCCGCUAUGGACGCCUUUUCCCCAUCCUUAGGGAGCCACUGAAAGGCCAUAGAGACUGAGGCGAUGUGUCCCACAAAUGGCACCCUAUUCCCUAUACCAGGGCUGCCCAAUCCUGGUCAUGGAGGGCUGAAAUACUUCUGGUUUUCAUCCCCUCCUUCUAAUCAGGGACUAAUUCAGACCUGGGACACCAGGUGAGUGCAACGAGCUACCAGGUAGAAACUAAAACCAGAAAUGUUUCAUGUUCCAGGACCAGGAUUGGGCCUGCCCUAUACAGUGCACUACUUGACCAACUACCUGUCCCUCCAUAUUGUUUGUGUGGCUAGGGAUCUUGCCGACUACGCCAACUGGUCAAAAGUAGUGCACCUUACAGGGAAUAGGGUGCUAUUUUAGCAGAGCACGGCAGAGCAUGACAUGGACAUCAUCAAUGUUAUAUCAAAAUCACCACCUCACAGAGAAUACACAUUUACACACUAUUACUGACACACUACUGAUGAAGAGUAUAGGUUACACACUAAUAUUAGAAACUGUAUCGAUAAGUACUGUAAAGAUGACUAGACACUCUGGUAGUCACCAGCACAAUGGCUUUGCUUCUAAUCACCUCUCCUUCAUAGCGCAUAGAAAUAUACAAAUAUUUCCUGUA